AUGUUUGAGAAUGACUGCGUUGUUGGCAGUGUGUAUAUGAGGGAUUGUCGCAUCUGUUACUGCUAUACUAUUGACGGAAUUGUACAUCAAAUAUGUCACGCCAACGCGGAAUGCGCUUCAAAUAAAAAUGAGUUGGAAAUGGGAUAUUGUAUACCAAUGCGCAAGUAUAAGAGAGAUUGCAAUACCUGCAAAUGCUUAGCCGAUGGGAAAACUUUAAAGUGCACUAGUCUAGCUUGCCCGGCAAGAUCUUCGAAUCCAGUAUCAGUGGACAUAGUGCCGGUGCAAAUGUUGAACGGCGACCACUGUCCCAAAGGCUACUCAUAUAAAUUGGACUGCAAUACAUGUUUUUGUCUGUCAAAUGGGAACGCAAUUUGUACAACAACAAACUGUUCUGACGAUAACGAAGAAUCGUAA